AAUAAUAAUACUUAUAAUUUUGAAUUUGAAGAUUCAAAAAUCAACUUUUAGAGUAGAACAUAAAUUGAACAGCAUAUACCCUGGAUAGACUUACUAAAAUAGUAAAAUAGGAUGAAAUUAUUUGUCAAAAAUAACAAGGAGAUAAUGUGAAUGGAAAUAGAGAACAAGGAUUAAAAAGAAAAUAGACUAUAUAAAAAAGAAAGAUUAAAAAGACAAUAGAGAACAAGGACAGAUGAUCAACUGAUUUCAUACCAGCCUUCGUCACGGUUCCCCGAAUUCCAAAAUUUAUAGGUUCCUUGCGUCAUUUUGAUUUCAAAUUCGGCUGUUCAUCAACCAACCUCUGCUUCGUAGUUUCACGGCGAGUUUUCGAAACAACGGCCGGCGCUAAUUCAACAACAGGUAGGUCUCGUCAUUAACGGCUUCAUUUCUUUCUUCGUUUUGUUUCGUUUCGUUCCGUUCUUCCCCCAAAAUCGUUCGAAUGCCGUCAAUGUUGCGUUAAUUGAACAAAAUGUUUUGCACCCAAGGUGUUUGAUUAUAUGUCUCAAUGGGCUCAGGGUUCCUAGAGGCGUAAUCACGAAACCCAUAGGUCUCUUCGGGGAACCGUGACGAAGGCUGGUAUGAAAUCGCUGGUCAUGAACAAGGGAUUCUUGACAGGUCUCUUCGGGAAUUUCAAUGGCAACAUUUAGGUUGAGCGCGGUCAACCAGUUCAUCGACGCCCACAACUCUCACCUGGAGAACAACACAAUCUACGUCUUGGAGUACUCGCUAGAAGGCGCAUCGAUCGUUGCAGAGAUAGGCAGUAGCCCCCGCAGCAAGUACAAGGAGCUAGAGGUCCUAGGCACGACCAUCCGGGGCCUGCGGUUGAUAGAGCUCGUGAAGGACCUUCGUCCCAGGAAUGCCAAGUCGUUCUACAAUCUGAGAGUCAACUAUGAAGGCACCUGCUUCGUCUGCAGCUCCAAGGCUGGCGAUUAUUGUGGAGUGGAGACCAAUACCCUGUUCGAUUGGUCCAAGUAUGGGGUGAAGAUGAAGGGACAGAAGGACUUGGACGCCGUCAAGGCACGGUUGAAGGGUAAGGACAAGGACCUCUCAUGGGCUAAUAAAGUUUUGUCAUUAAAGGAACAGGAACUCAGUACUCUGAAAACCCAAUUCGAGUCCACUUCCAAAGAGUUGUUUGCUCUCAAGAAUGUAUCUGUGGAGAGGGAUGAAGAGUUGAGAGCAUGUAAAUCGAGAUUGCAAAAUCUCGAAGAAGAGGUUUCGGAGUCCAGGAGGGUUGUUCAGGAGAGGAACAAGGAAGUGGAAUCCUGUGGGCGGCAGAUGAAGGUAAUGGAGGAAGAGCUUUCAUUGUAUAUGGAUCGACUGGAGAAGAACAAUAAGAUGAUUGAUGAAUUGAACUCCCUGUUGGAAGAGACUCGGAACAAGUUGAAAGAUUGUCAGGUUGCUAUGAAAGAGAAUGGAAACAGUUCCAAAGAGUUUUUUGCUCUCAAGAAGCUAUCGGGGGAGAGGGAUGAUGAGUUGAGAGCAUAUAAAUCGAGAAUACAAAAUCUCGAAGAAGAGGUCUUGGAGUCCAGGAGGGUUGUUCAGGAGAGGAACCAGGAAGUGGAAUCUUGUGGGCGGCAGAAGAAGGUAAUGGAGGAAGAGCUUUCAUUGUACAUGCAUCGACUAGAGAAGAACAGUAAGCUGAUUGAUGAACUGGACUCCCUGUUGGAAGAGAAUAGGAAUAAGUUGAAAGAUUGUCAGGCUGCUAUGAAAGAGAACGGGAACAGCUCAAAAGAGUUGUUUGCUCUCAAGAAGCUAUUGGGGGAGAGAGAUGAAGAGUUGAGAGCAUGUAAGUCGAGAAUACAAAAUCUCGAGGAAGAGGUCUUGGAAUCCAGGAGGGUUGUUCAGGAGAAGAACGAGGAAGUGAAAUCUUGUGGGCGGCAGAUGAAGGUAAUGGAGGAAGAGCUUUCAUUGUACGUGCAUCGUCUGGAGAAGAACAAUAAGCUGAUUGAUGAACUGGACUCCCUGUUGGAAGAGAAUAGGAACAAGUUGAAAGAUUGUCAGGCUGCUAUGAAAGAGAACGGGAACAGUUCCAAAGAGUUGUUUGCUCUCAAGAAGCUAUCGGGGGAGAGAGAUGAAGAGUUGAGAGCAUGUAAAUCGAUAAUACAAAAUCUCGAAGAAGAGGUCUUGGAGUCCAGGAGGGUUGUUCAGGAGAGGAACAAGGAAGUGGAAUCUUGUGGGCGGCAGAUGAAGGUAAUGGAGGAAGAGCUUUCAUCGUACGUGCAUCGACUGGAGAAGAACAAUAAGCUGAUUGAUGAACUGGACUUCCUUUUGGAAGAGAAUGGGAACAAGUUGGAAGAUUGUCAAGCUGCUAGAAAGGAGAUGGAGGUAGAGCUGUCAGCUUGUAUGAAACUGCUAGAGGAGAAGAACAGAGUUAUUGAGGAGCAGGAGAAGGUGUUGCAGGCAGAGGAUUGCAAGUCAGAGUUGCGCAAAGCCAGGGAAGAGCUGACUCUGGUAAUGGGUUUGGUGGAGGAGAAGGAUAGAAUUAUGAGUGAAUUGGUUAUGGAAGUGGAUCAUGGGAAGGCAGAAUUAAAGUACAAAGAGGAAGAGCUGAAGCUUUGUGAGCAGGAGAAGGUGUUGCAAGCAGAGGAUUGCAAGUCGGAGUUGCAAAAAGCCAGGGAAGAGCUGACUCUGGUAAUGGGUUUGGUGGAAGAGAAGGAUAGAAUUAUGAGUGAAUUGGUGAGGGAAGUGGAUCAUGGGAAGGCAGAAUUUAAGUACAAAGAGGAAGAGCUGUAGAAAAGUUGGAAGCCAAGAAAAAGCUAGAGGAAGAGAAGAAUCGAGAUAUUGUCUGAUUGCAAGUCGACAUCUUUAACCCAAGCAGGAACACAGGACAAGUCCAUGUAAGUUACAGCUAAUGGGCAGAAGAAAGGAACUUUUAUUAGAAUUUUCUUCUGGUUUGGUCAGAUCAAUCUGCCAGCAAUGUAGAUGUUCAUCUCUGUUUCAUGUCUAUAACAUUUCAUCACUGUUGAAAGUACUGUAUACCUACAACAUGCUUGACCAUUUUUGUACAAGCACUGCCAACACUGUAAAUGUUCAUCACAGUUGAGUCUAUAAACAUCAUCACUGUUGAAAUCUGUACUGUAUAUAUCUACAAGAUGCCUCUUUCAAUUGCAGUAACAUAGUGUGAAAAUACAGCAAGUAAAAAAGAAGCAGGUUUAACAAAACGCCAGAUGUUUU